CCCGGGAUACCGGGCGGGGGGGUGCGUGGCGGAGCUGAGCGGCUGCCCGAGCACAGCUCGCCUGCGCUGUCAGCGCUAGCUGAGGGAAGCACCUGGGCAGGCGUAGCCUCUCCCGGCGCCUGGGGACAGACCGGCUGCUCCCCUCCUUUGCGGGCUGUCCCGGGAAUGCCGCCUGCCGCCCCGCCCUGGUGCGCGGCCGAAGGACGGGCGGGGAAGCGCCGGCAGGGGCAGGGAUUGUCGCGCUGCUCGCGGUCUGGGAGCUGCUCCUCUCGGCUUGUGGCUAACAUUGCCUCGCUGCCCGGGCAGAGGCUGGUGUGAGGAUAGAUGCUGGCAACAACAGGCCGCUUCUGAAUUCUGAAAAUCCUGCCUGAGAUGUGGGGCAGGAUUUUCAUCUGGGAUAGUGCGGGACCUCGAAAAGACUGCCCAAACUGGGCUUUGGGUAAAGUUGUAAUUUAGGGAGAAAAUGACCAUUUAAGUGUUGCCUGGAAACUGAGUGGGGGAUAUACCUGCUGGGAAAUAACCCCCAAAGCAACAGCCACCAAAAAAACAAGCACAACAAACCGCAAACCUUUGCAAAUGAAAUGUAAGAUAUGUAUCUUAGUGAUUACAUAAGUCAGAUGUCUCACUUUACCAGUGAAGAUGAAGCUCUAUUACAGUCUAUGCUUAGACAGUUGCUGCAGAGUGUGAAGGAAAAAAUCACUGGAGCCCCAUCAGUAGAAUGUGCAGAAGAAAUUCUCUUGCAUCUGGAGGAAACGGAUGAGAAUUUUCACAACUAUGAGUUUGUGAAAUACCUUAGACAAUACAUAAAAAAGACUGUGGGACCUGUGAUUGAAGAGGAAACAGAAAAAUGUACCUCUGCUCAAAGCCAGGGUGAAAUAUCUGGCUAUGACACACUUGUCCAACAUCUUACUAAGAAGGCCCGUGAAUCGAAAGAAUACAGAGAAAUGAUCCAUGCCUUGAAGAAUGUCAUGAUGGUUGUGGUAGAAUCUUUGAUUAACAAGUUUGAGGAAGAUCGGAUGCAUGAUAAGGAGCUGGCUAGUAAAGCAAAGAAAGAACGUCGGAGUGGCUAUUACACAGACAACUGUUCUGACAGUGACUCCUCCUUCAACCAAAGUUAUGCAUUCAUGAGUCAAGAACAAUUGCAGCUACUCACAGAAAAGCUUGACCCUAGUCAGCCCAAGGAAGUUCGCCAAGAAGCUUUGCAGACGCUGUGCUUGGCCCCUGCCUCUGAUAUCCUAAGCUCUGAGAGCUGGCCAAGUCUGAGUAAGCAUCUGACAAUCUCUCUGGCAGAUCCUGAUUCAACAGUCAGUGAGAAAAUUCUUAGGUUCUAUGCAAAAACCUUUUCUUCUUCUCCAUUUAAUAUGACAAAAGAAGUCUAUAUAAGUUUAGCACGACACUUGGAGUUGUACUUUCUUUCUGAAGAAUAUUCUCUUCAUAUUUCAGUUGGUCUGGAUGUAUCUAACUCAGAUGUAAAUCGUUUACUUAAAAAGGUUCGCCUUUUAAAUGAGUACCAAAAAGAAGCACCAUCUUCCUGGAUUCGACAUCCAGAAAAGUACAUGGAAGAAGUAGUGGAGAGUACCUUGUCACUUCUGUCAUUAAAACACAAGCCUAAUCAUCCUGCCUCCCCAGACUUCCUGAGUCCAAUGCACUUCUUGGCCUUGCUAGAUAUCAAAGCAGUGUGGUUUAAGAAGUGGACGCAUGCACAUUACAGCAGAAGAGUGGUAUUUGGGCUUCUGGAAAGGAAAUAUAAAUCCUUGAUUAAUGCAGCAGUCCAGCAAUGUCUUGAUUAUUUUGAAUUUUGUAAGGCAGCAGUUAAUAAAAAUUCCAAAGUCAGUGACUUUUCCCAGCAGCACCGUAGUGAUACGCAGAAUUUUUCUUACACUGGACCAGAAUUGCAGUACAUUUGUUUUGUUCAUUCGCUGUGCCUCUUAGGAAGAUUGUUGAUCUAUAAGGAAGGCCAGAAUCUCUUUCCAGUACAGCUGAAAAAUAAAAAAGCUACUGUAUCCAUAACUGAUGUGUUGGUAUUAUUUGCUCAACUUAUUUAUUAUUCUCCAAGUUACCCAAAGACAGCUGUGGCAGCGCAUACAGAAAAUUAUUCUCCAGAAAGUCUUGUUAUGGAGAUUCUGCAGGUUUUUUGUGAUCAAACAGGAUGUGCUGCUGAAUGUUUGUAUACGGACACAGUGAUAGAUGCCCUGCUUCAUCCUGUUCAAAGUUUGCUGAAUGGCACAGAGGUGUAUAUAAACUGCCUUGAAACCACUUUACUUGAUGUAGCUGAUAUUUUGGCAAGGAUUGCUGCUUCAGAAAAUGGUCUUUCUCUUCUUCUUUAUGGAGAAAAUGAAAAAAAUGCCAAAGACAGUUCUACAGCUGCUCAUGUACUUGUUCAGUUCACAAAGAAACUUCUUCAUGAUGACAUUUCUCUUUUAUCUGGAUGUGAGUUUAUGCCAGUUGUUAAAGGAGCUUUCAUUUUUGUAUGCCGUCAAAUGUACAAAACUUGUGAAGGCCUACAGAUGCUAAUUCCUUAUGGCUUGCAUGAAUCUAUUGCAGAGGCCUGGAGAAAGACAAGUUUGCUUUCAGAAAGAGUGCCUACUCCUGUAACUGAUGCAGACUCCACUUCAUCGAUAAGUCAAGAAUCAAAAACCAGCUUGUUAUGGGAAGAGACUUUGUUAGAUGCCUUGCUAAGUUUUUCUACCACACCCAAAGGACUAUUUCUGCUUCAUAGUACAGAUGCCAUGAAUGACUGUGUGAACUUUAUGUUUAACAGUUUGUCAAAAAAAAUCCAGACAAAUGAAUAUGAAGAUUUUGGUAAUAGAAUCAUUGUUACACAAAUGGCAACUACACCAAUGGCUGCAGUGGCUCUGCAGAAUUCAGGCUUUAUAAAGGCACUUGUAACUGAAUUAUGGGCUCUUUUGGAAUGUGGAAAAGAUGAUUUGAGAAUAACCCAACCCAAAUCUACUCCAGUUGACCCUAUUGACCAAAGUUGUCAGAAGUCAUUUUUGUUUCUGGUAAACUUGCUCACUUACCCAGCAGUUUUUGAGCUCCUCAGUAAACGAGAUAUACCAAAUAAACCCAUGUACUCAUUCCGUGAAGUACCCACAGAUAUCAUUGAUGUCAUUGACAGGCUUAUAAUUUUGAACUCAGAGGCUAAAAUUCAUUCCUUAUUCAAUUAUGAACAAUCCCAUGUAUUUGGUCUGAGGCUGUUAAAUGUGCUGUGCUGUGAGCUCAAUACCCUUUUACUCUUGGAGACUCAGUAUAAAGUGUCACAAGCUUUACUAACUGCUCAGGAGGAAAAUGUCACAGAAACUUCAGAAGGACCAGGAGUUUUUAUAAUUGAUGGUCUGUCAGUGGAGAGAAACCAUGUUCUUGUAAGGAUAAAUCUGAUCGGAGGACCACAGGAAAGGAUUUUGCCUUUGAGAGAAUUAGAUAAGGGCAGUGGUCUAUAUCCUUGGCCAAUGUUUUCAUCAUUCCCUGUGCCAAAGUGCUAUCUUGCAGAAAUUCCUAGGAAAGCUGAAUUCAGACAAGAUAAAGAUCUUGACAAGCUCUUAAAACUCUUAAAAAGUCCAGACAAGCCAACUGGGUGGGCAGAAAUUUGUAGAAAACAGUUCUGCAAAGUCAUGAAAACCAGACCAGAUAGCAUCAGUGGACCAAUUUUGGCAGAAUUAAUUGAAAAGUUCGUGUCACAUCUUUCUGAAAGCAAAACAGAUUGUUAUUUCAGCACGGGAAGCUAUAAAGCCAUGGAUGCAGAUGUGAAGAAAGAAAGCCUUUCAUCUGUGCAGCAGCUUGGUGUUGAAAUGACAGUCAGAUAUGGAAAAUACUUAAACUUGCUAAAAGAAGAUGCUGAAAAUGGGCUGUGUUUCGUGUUAAAGAAUUGUGAGGAGUUUCUGAAACAACAGCAAAGAACUGUGGUAUCUUCACUUUGCUGCUUGCAGGAGCACUAUGCUGGUUAUGACUGGUUUGCAUCUUCCAUCUUCCUCAUAAUGUCAGGGGACAAGGAGCGGACACUGACAUUUCUUCAGCAAUUUUCAUGUCUUCUUGUUUCAGCAUUUCUCUGGCUACCAAGACUGCAUUUAUCUAUGCACCUGCCUGUUACAACAGUGGAAUAUGGCAUCCAUCCAGUCUACUUUUGCAGUGCUCACCACGUUGAAAUGUUGCUGAAAGCUGAGUUACCCAUUGUUUGUUCAGCCUUCCACAUGUCUGGUUUCACUCCAUCCCAGAUCUGUCUGCAAUGGAUAACUCAGUGUUUCUGGAAUUACAUGGACUGGAGUGAGAUCUGUCACUACAUUGCCAUAUGUAUUGUCCUUGGUCCUGAUUAUCAAAUAUAUAUAUGUAUUUCUCUGUUCAGACACCUACAACAAGACAUCAUGAAGCACACAGAAGCCCGAGAUCUUCAGGUUUUUCUGAAAGAGGAAGCACUGCAUGGAUUUCGAGUGAGUGAUUAUUUACACUACAUGGAAAGCUUGGAGGAGAUCUACAGACCAAUGCUGCUGAAAGACAUGAAGUCCAUAAGAGCAGAUACAGAACACGUAGAUGAGCAGAAGAACAGAAAGAGAACACAUAGAUGAAGCAAACAAGCACUUUAUUUUACAGUUUUGUUUACAUCCUUUAAAAGGAUGAUGAUUCAUUGAUUGAUUGAUACCUCAGUCUCACCUAAAAUCAGCCAGGCUGUUGAAAUGUGCAUACUGUAAAAUAAAUAAGAAGUGUUUUUAGAAUAUAGUUUUUCAAUAAGACAUAACCUACUUUUGAUAACUAGAUUUUCCCAGGCAGGUUAUGUGCACAGUCUCAUUUUCAGUUAGCAGAAGGCAGCUUCAGAAGCCACCUGUAGGAUGCUGAAAUUUCUUCCUUAUAAAGCCUUGAACCUUUGACUCAUUGUUCUUGACUCAUUGUCUCCUUGUCAUCUCCUUGUAGCACUGUCCUAAAGCCUUCAUAUUUUGCUCAGGUCUGACAAAUGGAUUUUUUCUUUAAUAUUUAGAAACAACUACUAUUGUGUAUUCAUGUGCAUGACAAGUCAACAAAUGGAAACCAAAUUCUCUGUUCCAACUUUGUGGAUAAUGUUGAGAAAAUGGGAUGUUUGAAUACAUGCAAUGAAAAAAGACUUGAUAUUCCUGUCUUUAAAAAAAACCAAAUAAAUAGUUUUAUAUGAUAAAGCA